CCUGGUUUUGGAUCAACAAAGCUCGAGAAUCAGUCUUUGUAAGGCGGAGAGGGGGAUUGGAGAAAGAGAGAAAACGAUUAACAAUGUCGCAGAUUCCCAAUUUAGAGAAUGCCCCCAUAAAUCUCACUGAGAUACGAACACGAGCUCAAACGGAGCUGCUAAAUAUCCUCAGAGAUAUAAAGGGAGAUAAAUGUUUGGUAAUUGAUCCGAAGCUUAGUGGAGCACUGUCACUGCUUGUCCAGAGCUCUGAACUAAAGGAAAAUGGUGCUGAAUUGCGGCAUCUAACAGCUGAGCCAAUUCAAACGGAAAGAACCAAAGUGGUCUUCCUUGUUCGAGCUCAACCCGAUUUGAUGAGAUUCAUCUGCUCCACCAUUCACAACGAUACCUCCAAAGGGCUUCACAGAGAAUAUUAUCUUUACUUUGUUCCACGCAGACUGGUUUCUUGCGAAAAUGUACUUGCAGAGGAAAAAGUACGCGAACUAUUGAACAUUGGGGAGUUUUCCUUAUACAUGCUCCCGCUUGACGAGGAUGUUAUUUCAUUUGAACUUGACCUUACUGAAAAAGAGAGUUUGGUAGAAGGAGAUGAAACUGCUUUUUGGAAUAUUGCCAAAGCCAUUCACAAUCUUGAGUUUUCUUGUGGAGUGAUUCCAAAUGUUAGGGCCAAAGGGAAAGGAGCUGCACGUGUUGCUGAUAUCUUGACUCGUAUGCAAACUGAAGAACCUGUUAAUACUUCAAAUAUGGGCAUUCCACUUCCAGAAAUUAAUACUGUUGUACUUCUGGAUAGAGAGGUGGACAUGAUAACUCCUAUGCUUACUCAAUUAACAUAUGAGGGAUUGAUAGAUGAGUUUCUUGGUGUAAAAAAUGGAGCUGUGGAGCUAGAUGCAGCCAUUAUGGGAAAUCAGCAAGAAGGCAAGAAGGUGAAGGUUCCCCUGAAUUCUAGUGACAAAUUAUUCAGAGAGACGCGGGAUCUGAAUUUUGAAGUUGUUGUCCAGGUUCUUCGUCAAAAGGCAACAUCCAUGAAGCAGGACUAUACAGAGAUUUCGACUACUACACAGACUGUGUCUGAGUUGAAGGACUUUGUGAAGAAGCUUAACUCAUUGCCGGAAAUGACUAGGCACAUAAAUCUUGCUCAGCAUUUGACAACAUUUACAUCAAAAUCGGUAUUUGCCGAGAGACUUGAUAUGGAACAGACACUCGUGGAGGCUCAGAGCUAUGACAUAUGCUUUGAUUACAUUGAAGAAUUGCUUUGUAAGCAGGAGCCUCUUGAGAAAGUCCUACGCCUUCUAAUCUUAUUUUCAAUAACCAACUCAGGGUUGCCAAAAAAGCAUUUUGACUAUUUGAGGAGAGAGCUGCUUAUAAGCUAUGGUCCUGAGCAUAUAAAUACACUGGAUAGCUUGGAGAAAGCAGGGUUACUUAGGAAACAGGACUCAAGAGGCAACUGGCUGACCAUCAAACGUGCUUUGCAACUUCUAGUUGAGGACACAGAUACCACUAAUCCGAAUGAUAUUUCAUAUGUCUUCUCUGGAUACGCACCCCUCAGCAUUCGACUUGUACAGCACGCAAUACGAUCUGGAUGGCGCUCCUUAGAAGAAAUACUGAAACUGCUGCCUGGUCCACAGUUGGAAACCAAGAGAGGUGGAUUUUCUAGCAUCCCAUCAUAUGAUACACUACCUGGAUCGCUGAACAGUUCGGAGAAACUUUCAAAUGGAAGGCGUGAUCUAGUCCUUGUAGUUUUUGUUGGUGGAGUAACAUUCGCUGAGAUAUCUGCGCUCCGUUUCCUCAGUUCCCAGGAAGGAAUGGCGUAUGAUUUGAUUAUAGGAAUAACCAAAGUUGUCAAUGGACGCACCUUGAUAGAGACCUUCAUAAGUGACUGGGAUAAGUAGUGCGACGUGCGACGUUCGACACGCCGGAGGAGUGUCUUCCAUCUCAAGACGGCUUUGUUUGUUUAUACAAGUUGUAGAUCUGAGCUUACAUACUAUGAUGUGUGUGAUUGAUUAUCUAUUGAGUUCUGCAUAUAUGCUUCUUUGCCAUUCUGCUUAGGCGUUUUUUGGUGUCAAGGUUUUGGUACUAUGAUUACCACUAAUCAAUUUUACUAUGAUACUUGCAUUGA